AAUCAUUUAUUCCUUUUAAGGCUUUAAAAAAAUUAAUUUGAAGCAAAUGACAAGUGAUGACACUAGUAGCAUAUUACCCAAAUAAAAACACCAUGAAACUUCUCGAAUGACCCAUUUUAGAAGCGUGUAGAACUUAACCCAAAUUUGUAGGUGCUAAUUCUUUCUUUCGGUGUUGCAUACACAAAAACACUCCCUUUUUCAUUGUUUUUUCCGUGAAACAAAAAAAAAAAAAAAAAAAAAAAAAAAAAAAAAAAAAACAAACAAAAAGAAAACCUCUGCUGGACUCAUUCUUCAACCAAAUAUAAACCUCACGCUUUACACUUUCUCUCUCCUCAUCGGAAAACCACUCACUCUCUUUCUCUCUCCUCCGGCACCCGCCAAACGACGUCGUCGCCCGGCGUGGUUCCGUCAUCGGAGCUCCGUUUUCCGGCAACUCAUAUGGCCAUUUCACCUUCAUGGGCUGCUCAAUGGGGCGUUCGUCCCGUACUUAUGUCAGGACAUUCAAUGGAAAGUAAAUUCGCAACAUUUUCAACUUGUGGACCUUGCAAGACAAGAGCGAUUCAAUCUCUGAGUUCCAGCAUUUUUUCCCCUGAACCGGUGCAUUUAUUAUUUAACGUGAAUUCAGCUCGAAGUCCAUGCCAUAAAAGGGGUUUCCGUUUCAUUGUUAGGGCCGAGUCUGACUACUACUCAAUCCUAGGAGUCUCACGAAAUGCCAGCAAAUCAGAAAUAAAAAGUGCUUAUCGCAAGCUUGCAAGGAGUUUCCAUCCUGAUGUUAACAAGGAACCUGGAGCAGAGCAGAAAUUCAAAGAUAUCAGCAAUGCUUAUGAGGUCUUGUCAGAUGAUGAGAAACGGUCUAUAUAUGACAGAUAUGGGGAGGCUGGCCUUAAAGGAGCCGCAAGUGGUGGUCCAGGGGAUUUCACCAACCCCUUCGACCUAUUCGAGUCUAUAUUUGACCUAGGUGGUAUGGGAAUGGGGGGAAUGGGAGGAAGAGGCAAUAGAAACCGGGCCACCGAAGGCGAAGACCAGGUUUACAAUCUGGUGCUGAAUUUCAAAGAAGCCAUCUUUGGCAUUGAGAAGGAUAUUGACAUAAAUCGUCUGGAGACCUGUGGUACUUGCAAUGGAUCAGGUGCCAAACCUGGUACCCAGCCAACCAAAUGCAGCACAUGUGGUGGCCAAGGGCAGGUCAUAUCUGCAGCACGUACUCCCCUUGGGGUGUUCCAACAAGUGUCCACUUGCUCGGCCUGUGGUGGGACUGGGGAAAUUUCAACUCCUUGUAAUACCUGCAAUGGUGAUGGACGGGUGAGAAAAUCUAAGCGCAUCAGCCUGAAGGUUCCUGCUGGUGUUGAUGCAGGCAGUAGACUGAGAGUUCGUGGAGAAGGUAAUGCUGGAAGGAGAGGUGGGCCUCCUGGAGACCUCUUUGUGGCUAUUGAUGUCAUCCCUGAUCCUGUGUUGAAACGGGACGAUACAAAUAUUCUCUACUCCUGCAAGGUUUCUUACAUCGAUGCCAUCCUUGGGACAGCACUGAAGGUCCCAACUGUGGACGGGACAGUAGAUCUGAAAAUACCGCCUGGCACACAGCCUGGGACUACAUUGGUAAUGUCUAAAAAAGGUGUGCCAGUGUUGAACAAACCCAACAUUAGAGGAGAUCAGUUGGUCAGAGUGCAAGUUGAAAUUCCAAAGCGUCUUAGCGAUGAUGAAAGGAAGCUUGUUGAGGAACUUGCUAAUCUAAAUAAAGGUAAGGCUCCCAGCACAGCCAACAGUAGAAGAUAGCUGAAAUGAUAAAAGCUAGGAAAGUUAUUCUUGUGUUGAUGGUGUUUUUGCUCGACUUCCCCCUCUUUGAUUGAUCUCAUGUUGCAAGUACAAGCCCAGAAAUUUAUCCCCUUGCCCUAUGUUCUAGCUGAAAUAGUAAGAAUGGGGAUAUAUCCCAAGGCAGAUAUAAUUGUAUGACAUGUAUGUAUGGUACAAACUUUUAGCGGAGGAAACAACUUAGGUAAUAUACCUCAUUUUCUUUAUCUUAAGCCACAGCUUUUUGUUUCCAGUUUUUCUGAGCUUGCUGGGAAUAUUGUAAAUCAUUGGUGCAAUUAGCGAUAAUCACUGGUGUAAUGCUCUUAUGAGCAAAUAACAGCUGCAAAUAUUAGCAAUUUAUACCUUAUUCUGGGAGUGAUGAACAUGCUCUCAUGCCUUUCA